GAUAGACACUUAUUGCAUUUAACUAGUUGUGAGAUUCUUCAUUUGGUCAUUUUACUAUGCUUAAAAAAUGGAAAGUCUAAGAGAAAUCCAGCCCCCGCAACAGCAACCACAUAUAUGGAGGAGUAUGAUGAAUGAAAAUAAUCAGCCCCAACAGCCGCAACAACAAGCACAAAACCUAAAUAGUGGUGGUGAAGGCACAACAAUCCUUAGAACAUGUUUCAAUGGAGUAAAUACGUUAUGUGGUGUGGGUAUACUCUCAGUUCCCUAUGCAAUUGCACAAGGAGGAUGGUUGUCCUUGAUACUUCUUCUUUUGGUGGGACUGAUUUCUUGGUAUACAGGUCUCUUACUAAAGAGGUGUAUGAAGGAUCCCAUAAUAAAAACUUAUUCAGACAUAGGCCAUGCAGCAUUUAGACCAAAAGGAAGAACAUUAAUAGCUGCAGCAAUGUACCUAGAGCUAUUUGCAGUGGCUGUAGAAUUUUUCAUCCUAGAGGGUGAUACUCUAAACAUGUUAUUUCCAAAUACUACUUUUACAAUCGGACACCUCAAAGUCAAAGGUAAAGUAGGCUUCAUUAUUAUCAUUGCCUUAAUAGUUUUGCCAAGUACAUGGUUAAGGAAUUUGGGUGUGUUGGCGUAUUUUUCAAUCGGAGGGAUUGUGACUUCAAUAAUUUUAUUGGGAUGUGUUUUAUGGGUGGGUGCAAUUGAUGGUGUGGGAUUUCAUGCAAGGGACAAGCUUUUGGAUUUGGGAGGACUUCCCCUUACUGCAAGCAUAUUUAUGUUUUGUUAUGGUGGGCAUGCGGUUUUUCCUACCUUAUGCACUUCUAUGAAAAAUAGAACCCAAUUUCCGAAUGUAUUGGCUGCAUGCUUUAUUACAAGCACUAUCAUUUAUGGAUCAAUGGCCACAAUAGGAUAUCUAAUGUUCGGAGAAUUUUCAAAGGAUCAAAUUACUUUGAAUCUUCCACUAAGGAAUGUUUGCACAAAGAUAGCAAUUUCAACAAUAAUCAUAAAUCUUCUCACCAAAUUUGCACUCAUACUCUCUCCCAUUAGCUUAGCUAUUGAAGCCAAGUUCAUUCCACCUAAUAACCGAUUACUAAGUAUCCUUGUUAGAACACUACUUAUGAUUAGCAUAGUGGUUGUGGCUUUAGCUUUUCCAUAUUUUGGAUAUGUAAUGGCAUUCAUAGGUGCCAUUUUGAAUGUUACAGUAUCAUUGUUGUUACCAUGUGUGUGUUACUUGAAGAUUAAUGAGGUAGCUUGGGCUUUUGAGUUUGAGUUUAUGGCAAUAAUAGGGAUUCUAGUCAGUGGGAUUCUCAUUGGAAUAACGGGCACUUAUAUUUCUGUAAAACACAUUAUAGCUCAUCUGUAAAAUCCUAGGAGAUAUGGUAUAUCAAAUUUAAGUGUCCAAUGUAAUUUUAUAUAUUUUAAAACUAAUGAUAUUUUACAAGGAUAUCAAAUUUU